UGGAGCGUGGAGGGUUACAAGUGCUUCUCUAUGAGACUUUCAUAGAGCAGCCUAGGAAAUGCAACAAUCAUCUGCCAAAUGGAUGCAAACAUAAGAGAGAGACUGAAAAGAAAUACAUGUCAGAGGGAAUUUGUUUAAUCAUUUAGCAGCUGAAACAAGCCAUAUCCCUAGCAAAAUACUGGUUAGAGGAUAGAAGAUUGCUUUGAGGCAAAAGCUCAUGUACCGUGAUAACGCUUGAUUGUAUUGUUGACAGAGGUUCCUGAAGCAUGGCUUAGGUUAGAAGCCGUGGCUUGCUAGAGAGGAGUUCUGAUGGCUUGUAUGGAGCUUCUGUACCUCGCCAAGAAGGGUAGGCGAUCAGAUCUGUGCAACAAUGUGGACUGGAGUUUGCAAGCCCCUCCCUAUGAACAGCAGAGCGAUGGGGAUGAUAUGGGGGCAAGAACAGCAGCUGCGGUGGCAGCUCUCUGCUGCGAUCGGCACUGCAAGUCUAUACAAAGGGCAGCUACAGCAGGUCCCACCCAGGCACCCCUUUCCUCCACUCCUACCCUCUCCUUCUCCUGGCAGCAUGCAGCAGCGUCAAGCAGCAUCCAGCCCCACUGUCAACCAGUUCACUUGGAUGGAGAAGAGGAAGCAGAAAAGAAGAGAGCCUGCUGCUGUGCCCAGGAACUGGAGACAUCAUUUACUUAUAGGGAUGAAAAUGUCAAUCUGGAGCAUAUGAGAAAUGCCCCUUCUCCUGUGAAGAGUUGCUGCCAGGUUCCCCCUGCCCAGCAUAGCUCCUGUACAGAGAUCCCACCCGAUUGGGCUCAUGAUCCUACCUCCCUGAUCUCUGAGGAAGAUGAUACUGGAUCAGAAGCUGCUUCAGGGACAUCUAUAGACUAUGGGUUCAUUAGUGCCAUCUUGUUCCUGGUUAGUGGGAUUUUGCUAGUUAUUAUUUCCUAUGUGGUGCCCAGAGAUGUGACUGUGGAUCCUAACACUGUAGCAGCCAGGGAGAUGGAGCGACUGGAGAAUGAGAGCGCUAGAAUCGGGGCUCACUUGGAUAGGUGUGUGAUCGCUGGGCUGUCUCUCUUAACUCUGGGGGGUGUGGUGCUGUCCAGUUUAUUAAUGAUGUCUAUGUGGAAAGGGGAGUUGUACAGGAGGAACAGAUUUGCAUCCUCCCAGGAAUCUGCAAAGCUGUAUGGUUCUUUCAAUUUUAGAAUGAAAUCCAGCACAAAUGAUAAUACGCUAGAGUUAUCAUUAGUAGAAGAAGAUGCAUUUGCCAUAGAUAAUUAGCAUGGUCGUGAUUUUUAAGGCACUAUUUCUACAGGAAAAUAUGUUCUAGUAAAGAAAACAAUUACAGCUAAAGGUAGGUAGUAAUGCCAUUCAAUUGCCUGGCAAUAAAUGUCUUUCCUUAAACUCUGUAACUGAAUGUUUGCAUUAUAUGGACGUUUGUUUUUUAGGGGAAACCUGCUAGGGAUAAUGUAAUCAAUAUCAGUGACACUUUCUUAUUUAAACCACUGAAUAAAAAUAAAUUUGUGAUAACCAGGGUCCCCAAAUCUCCUUUAUCCUAUUUUUAAAACUUUUUCCCCUAUUUAAUUUCUUAGUACCCCAAUACAAAACACUACCAUCCUGCCAGAUUUGAAAGCUGUUAAUUAUUACAGCCUACAUGAGGAUUAUUAACAGUCUGCUUGGUAAUAUAUUAAGGGAGAGACCAAGUCUGGCAUUUAAUCCCAGCAAUUAAGGAUGACAGUCUCUUAUACUUUCUUUUUUAAACUGACCCCUUUUUUUCCUGACAUGAAAGCCCAGAAAAUCCAGUAGUUUAUCAUGUAUGCAUUGAAAACACAGAUGUUUAAUUUAGAAUUCUCCACCUUCCAAUUCACAAACAUUCAAUUAUCUCCACGUAAUUGUAUAAUCAGCGCUGAUUAUUAAAAAUGAAGUAUGGGUGUGGCACAAGGGAGUGAAUAGCUCGGGGCAUGGGUAAUAGGAUAAAAAGGGCCUUUCACCUCUACGUCAGCAGUUCAGUUUCACUCUAGAUCAGCAGUGACUGAAAAUAGAUAACGUGUGAUGGCUUUUUGUGGCCUUUGUGAAAUAAGUCUAGUUCCCAAUGGACAGAUGUUGAGAUAGAAAAACUGCCAUAAAUUGACACCAAUUGAUCUCCUUGUUGGGAAUCUCAAAGAAGCCAAAGACCGGAAGAGGAUCAAGAUGGAAACCUCUCUUGCAACAGCGGUGUGAGGCAAGUUACAGGGCUGUGCUUGUGCUGAGGCUGCCUGUGUUCCCUUGAAAAAUAGAUUUUAAUCCACUAAGGCUGCCAACUCUGCACCUUUCACAACCAGUGAAAAAAGUAAAAUGGGCUGUGUUCUGGUCACAACAAUAGCUUCGAUGCUCCACCAAUCAGCAAACUACUUGAUUUUUUUCAAAUAUAGACUUCUAUAAAUAAUUGUCAGAAAAUAAAGGUUAGAUACCCAACAAUGAGACUGCCUGGCACUGACUUCAUGCAGUGUAGUAGCUGGUCAAAGAAAGGUGAUGUGAUCAGUGAAUUCUGUGUAGCACAAUGGCCAAUGAUUAAAUGCUGAGGGAAUUUACUUGGCUGGCUGACAUCUUCAAUGGAAUGCCAAAACAGAUGGGGUUUUGUGACUUUCGUUUUGAGGGGGAAAAAUGAAAAAUGUUGGUCAGUAGUAUGAUUUCUUAAUAUACACUGCUUAGGUAUGAGCUGAUCCACUGGCAAGACCAGAGAGCGGCUAAGGGAUCUGUUCGCACUGUCCCUGACAUUUUGGCCAUGGAGUUUUGCAUCCGACGAAGUGGGUAUUCGCCCAUGAAAGCUCAUGCUCCUAAACGUCUGUUAGUCUAUAAGGUGC